CUGGGAUUUGGUGUCUUCCCUUUUUCAGGCACGGCCCAAGGGCAUCCGCCAUGGCCCCGGCUUCCAUCCGCCGGGUCUCCGUGGCGUGCCCCCAGCUGCCGCCCGCGCCGCCGGUGCCCACGGUGGUGGCGCUGGCGCUGCCGCCCAACGACUCGCUGCCUCAACCGGAGUCCAAGAACCUGAGGAUCAUCCUGCAGACUUUGCGCAGCCAAGAGGCGCUCGAGGUGCAGCGCUUCGGGUGCCAGGCCAUCCGUGAUCUGGCCGCGGCCAAGUCGGAGGACCGGCUCUGGCUGGGGAAGCUGGGCGCCGUGGAGCUGGUGCUGCAGGCGAUGCGCUCCUUUCAGGAGGACAUGCAGGUGCAGCAGGCGGGGUGCGGGGCCUUGGCGGCGCUAGGCUUCGAGUGCGAGGUGAACGCCCAGCUGGUGCUGGAGCACGGGGGCGCGGAGCUCGUGGUGCGGGCCAUGCUGGGGCACCUAGAAGCGGCGGUCUGGGGCCCGGGCUGCGGGGCGCUGCGGAUGCUGUCGGCAUUGGCGCAGGCGCGGGAGACCUUGGCGCGGCUGAAGUGCGUGGAGGUAGUGCUGCAGGUGCUGAGAGAAGCGCCUGCGGCCGAGCAGGUACAGGGAGCUGGCUGCGCGGUGCUGGGCCGUUUGACCGCCUGCGGCUCGGAAGAUCUCGCGCUCUGCGCCACUUUGGGCGCAGAGCGCUGCGCCAUUGGCGCGCUGAAGCAGUUCCCAGAGAGCGCGGAGGUGCAGGCGUGCGCCAUAGCGCUUUUGGGGAACUUGGCCUGCGGCGAUUGUUUGGUGGAGGGCGGGGCGCAGCUGGCGGUGGCGGCGCUGAAAAGGCACCUGGCCGCACCAGAGGUGCAGGACUGUGCCAUCCACGCCCUGCGGAACAUGUGCCUGCGCAGCCACUCUGCCCUUGCAGAGGCCGCCGGCGCCGGGGCCUUCAGGGCCCUGGCGGGGACUUUGGGCGCGGCCGAGGGGCGCCGUGACGACCAGGUGCGGCUGCUGUCAACCUCUGUGCUGCAUCUCUUGUGUGCCCAGGGCUACUCUGGGGCGGACUUUGUGGCUGCUGGGGGCCUCGUUAGUCUGCUGCCCGUGCUGGAGCAGUUCACCUCUCUUAGCGUCCAGGAGCAAAUCGCCGUGAUCCUGCAGAGCUUUGGAGCCGCCAGCGAUGACCUGGCGGCGGUGCUGCAGCAGGGCGGGCUGCCAGGGAUCCUCCGAGCCAUGCACCGGUACCCCGCGUCGCUGAAGAUCCAGGUGUCCGGCUGCUUUUUGACAUCCCGCUGGGCCUCAGGAAACGAGGCCGCGCAGGUGGCCGCGGACGGGGCAGUGGAGCUGGUGGUCCUGGCCAUGCAGAACCACGCGGAGGUGCACCUCCAGCAGCUGGCGUGCGUGCUGCUGCAGGAGCUGGCAGAUCGGGUGCCCGAGAGCCUGGAGGUGAUUACCUACUUCGGAGGCGUAGAGGCAGUGCUGCGGGCCUUGCAGCGGCACGAGGAGGGCGAGCUGCAGGAGCAGGGCGUGAAAGCGCUGUGCAGCAUCGGCCGCCGGAGCCAGCAAUGCAGGCAAAAGGUUGUGGACUACGGCCAAUCCCAGGAUCCCAGCAAAGCACCAUCCUCGAUCCCUGCAUUCGUUGUGCGGGACGACGGCGCUCGCGGCAAAGAGGUGCUUCUCUGGACCAUUUGGGGCCAUUCAGCCCUAGAGCCGGGACCAGUGUCUGCGUACCUUCAGGACGAGCAAGCGAGAGGACGAGCAAGCGAGAGGUUUCCACCGGCCAGCCGGGACGACGAGAGCGAGGAGGAAGCAGAGGAGGGUGAAGCGGCAGAGGUGGCACCGCCACCUCCACCUCCACCUCCACCUCCGCCACCGACGGAGAUACCUGUGGAAGAGGUUCGUGGCGUACCCUUGCUUUUUCACGCGCUCGCCCAUCCACACGGCGAGGCUGCCAGCACGCUGCACUCGGCCACGUGCUCUUUGCUGGCGCACAUUGCCACAGACGGAGAUGAGCACCAGGCCCUGGUGCUGGAAGAGGGAGGCCUGAGCGCCGCCAUCGCCUCUGCUGCGUUGCAUGGGGCAGACAGCGAGGUGCAGGUCGAGUGUUUCGACCUGCUGCAAAAUCUGCUGGGCCGGCCGUUGCCCUCAGGCCCCAGCAGCCUGGUGCAGUCUGCCUCGGCCAGAGGGGCAGUGGAUCUCAUCAUCCGGGCGCUGAGGAGCUUUCCCGAGCACCCGGGGGUGCUCCGCUCUGGCGCUCGGCUCCUGCGGAGCCUCGUACUUGGUGGGGACCUCUCGGACUCCGAGCGGAGCCUUCCCCAGCAAGUUGAGGAGAGGCUCAGCGCCUGCGAGGGCUUCGCGGAGGGCCUCAGGGCUGAAACCCUCAUGCAGGAGCUGCGGAGGUACUCUGCGGAUGUGGCCACCAGGAGCACAGCCCUGGGUGUGGUGGAGCUCCUCAUGGGCUCUCUGGACACCUUCAAAGAGCCCGAGCUGCAGGAGAUAAUCCUGGCGGCCUACCGAGAUCUUGCCGCGAACCGCCGGAGCCGGCAUCGGAUGACGGUGCGGGGCACCUGGAAGCAGAUCAUGACUGAGGUCCAGGCCCGCCAGGACUUGCCGCAGCUGCAGGUCUUCGGGUGUGACCUGGUAGAGCUCCAGACACGGGACUGCGAGCAUGACAACAUCGAAGAUGUCAUCGUCUUCGGAGGAGUGGAGUCCUUGCUCAAGGUCUUUGCCACGCACGCACAGGAUGUGGAUGUCCAAAUCAGGUCCUGCGUUGCGGCGGAGAAGCUGGCGCGGCGGAGCGCGGACAUCAAGGACAUGCUCAUCAAAGGCCACCUGAUUCAGCUCAUCGUUGACAUCAUGGGCCGGCACAGAGGCUCCGACGUGCUGCAGCAGCUCGCCUGCAUGGUGUUGCUCAGCUUGGUGGACGUGGGCCCGGAGUCCCGCCAGGAGAUGGUGGACAGCGGGUGCCUGGAGGCCGUAUGCAGUGCCCUGAAGGAACACGACUGCUGGGCAGUGCAAUGCAAGGCGCUGGUGCUGUUGGCUGAGCUGGCGGCAGCGCCAGAAGACACGGACGCCCGGAAGCUCCUCGCUUCGGACGGUCUGCGGCUAGUGCUGAAGGCGAUGCAGGUUUGCGUGGACAGCAUGGAGGUCCAAAGAGAAGGCUGCAGCCUUUUGGCAGCCUUUGGCAACGACGACGCCUCCUUCUUCCAAGCGAUUCUGAACUGCGACGGGCUCACCGCAGUGGUGGCUGGCAUGCGAGCGCAUGCCGCGCAGAACCACGUCCAGCAGGAGGCGACCCAACUCUUGCGCUUGAUCGCGGAGUUCUCCCCGGAGGGCAAGGAAGACGUGAUCUCAGCUGGGGCCAUCGAAGCGAUUCUGGAUGGCAUGAACGAGAACCGCAAGAGCGACGAGCUGGCGCUGCGGGGCUGCGUCUCUUUGGCCUUGUUGGCCAAGGGGAACGCUGCGGCAGUGGCACGCAUCGCGAAGCACAAGGGCGCAAAGCACAUCGUGCGAGCCAUGCUUUCCAACCGCACCUGGGCGGAGUUGCAGGAGAACGCCCUGGAGGCGUUGCGCGCGAUCUCCGCCGACAGCGAAGAAGUCCCUGGGGACGUGGCGGACAACGGCGGCGUGCAAUUCGUGUGCCAGACGUUGGGAGACUUCAAAGAGUACGCUACGAUCCAGGAGCACGGCCUGGCUGCGCUGGCCAAUCUGGCCUGGGACGGUGCGGAGAACCAGGUUCAGAUUGGAGACUUGGGCGGCUGUGAGCAUGCCGUCGAAGUCAUGAGCCUGCACAAGGACAAUUGCAAAGUCCAGGCCUUUGGCUGCGCCUUGCUGCAAAGUGUGGCAUGCGAUAGCCCUGAGAUGCGUGUGAGGAUUGGAGAGAUGGGCGGCGUGGAAGCCAUUGUGGAGGCGAUGCAGGCCAACCCCAAGGCGGCCAACGUGCAGGCCUUCGGCGCCUCUGCGCUGCAGAGCCUUGCGACACAGAACGUGGACAAUGUCCGGAGGUGCCACAAGUUGAAGGUGGUGGACAUCGUGGCCAACGCCAUGGAGGCCCACCCUUUCUCGGUGAAGCUCCGGGAGUUUGGUGAGAUGUUAACGGACACCAUUGAGGGCUAAACUGAGCCUUCGAUGCAGAUUUGCGCUAAUGAUCCAUGCGCGCGCGAAAGAUUCGCCACAGG